GAGGAUGCGCACUCGUAUUUAUUCUCCCUUCCCACAGCAAUAAAUGUUUCUGGGCACUACCUAUAGCAGCCAUUUUAAUAUUUCGCCUACUUCGGAGGUGUUUUACGUUCUAAGUGCACUAAAAUCUACAAUUUAGACUUAGCGGAUAAACAAAAACAAAAGAUGGGCGAUAAGUACGACUCCAACGGUGAGUACGCCAAUUAUUCAGGCGAUUUCAAACGCGAAAGGCUAGAUAUAAGCGAUGCAGAUAGUCGUGAAUGUCGUGAUGGGGUCGAUGAAGAAAAUGAAGAAUCCAAUCCAGCAUCACAGAAAGUCAGCGAGUACAUCAGCGAAUUGCUUGCUGAGAAACAAGGGCUGGAUCCGAACAAAUUCGCUAAUGUAUUCAGACUUAUUGAUCAAGAAAUAAAUAAAGCUACUACCCAAGGGCGGAUGCCAUCUAAAGAGUUGAAAUACGUGGAUAUUUACCGAGAAAGACCUAUUAAAGUAGCAGUAAAAGUAUUAGUUCCAGUUAGGGAACAUCCAAAGUUCAAUUUUGUUGGUAAACUACUGGGCCCCAAAGGAAACUCAAUGAAACGUCUCCAGGAGGAAACCCUGUGUAAAAUGGCUGUUCUAGGAAGAGGAUCAAUGAAAGACAGACAAAAAGAAGAAGAAUUGCGAUUAUCCUGCAACCCAAAAUACGCACAUUUGUCAGAUGACUUGCAUGUGGAAAUAUCCGCAUUGGGACCACCAGCUGAAGCUCAUGCAAGAGUGGCAUAUGCUCUCGCAGAAGUCAGGAAGUAUCUAAUUCCAGACAACAAUGAUAAUAUUAGACAGGAACAGAUGAGGGAAAUGGAAAUCAUGACAUCAACUACACCAGAAGAAGGAUCGCGGAGUUCACGCCGUACAGCACUUAUAAGAACUGCAAUGCCAAGACCUCCAGUCCAAAUGCGCACAGCAACUCGCACUCCAGUCAUCACCCCACGCGUAAUGCCAGCAAAAACAAAAAUCUUAUCCAUACUAGAUCGCGCCCGUAUCGCCAUGGAAGAAACCUACGGCUUUGAGGAACCAUUCGAGAGCUCCGAGCCACCAUACAGGUACAGUUCACCGCCUCCAACAACCCACUAUCGCUCUUCUUCAUCAUCUCACCACUACGACACCGAGUAUGAACCCAGCUACUAUCGCGAGAGCUCCUACGGAGAAAGUUCGUCGCACCGUUGGAAGCCGUACAAGGGCUCGAGCGCAUCGAGCUCGCGACACAGUGAAUCAUCUCGUUAUCGUUCGUCGCCGUAUACGCGCCCCGCAAAAUAAACAACAUAUAUAAUACUAUAUAUAAAACAAAUCAAGUACGAGUAUAUACUUAAUUAACACAAGUGUUGCUGCUGGUUAGAUUUUUACAGAGAUAAAUUUAACGUAUAAUAACCAGACAUUGAUUAAACGUACCAGAAACUUUUGUUAAACGUAAAUAAUGAAUGUAUUUAAUUUGAUCUUCGGUAUUGAGCAUAAUCACUGUGUGUUAUUGUAAAUUGGGCUAUUCUCUAAGCCAACUUAGUGCUAAACCAAGUAAAUUUUAACCUGUUUUCAAGUUGAACUCAUACAACUUACAGAAUAGCCCUCGUAGUGACUUUUCAUAGGAUAUAAUUAAACAUGAAGUAUAGAUUGAUCUAAGAUAUAAUCCCAAAAUAAUUUUGUCUGAGUGGUAUAUGUCUUAAACGCAAAUUAAACGUUAUUCGAUUAUAUAAAUUAUGAUUAAACAGCAAACAAACGCAAUGUGUAAUAAUGUGUAAUCACAAUAUUUAGGGUAUGAUUUAAUAUCGUUUAAUAAAUCGUUUAAACCGUUUAAAUGGAAAGGUACAGUAUAGUUUAAAAGAUAAAUUGCAUGACAUCUGAGUAAAUCAUAAUAAUAAUACUGUAACAAACACAAAACAAGUUAUAAAUUAAAGUUUAUUAUAAAAUAAAUUGUGCAUGCAUAGGUAAUUUAAAA